AUGGAAGGCAUCACCGCCCUCAAGGUCCUCCGGCCCCUCCUAGACCGCAUUCAGUUAAGAAUUACUAUAGCGAGCGAGAACCGUCUGAAGGACUUUCUCUACCGCGGCGGCGCUUCCCGCGGCGCCACCCGUAGCAACCUUAAGAGCCUCGCCGUGACCUCCGGCCUCCGCGACAUGCGGAUCUACCGCGCCAUUUCUCUAGCUACGUUCGACAUCCGCUACGCGGCAUAG